AAGACAGCAGCAUGGCGCUGCCGGAAUUCCUCGGUAAAGCAGAGUUAUUAAAACAAGGAGCAGAAGCUCGGGUGUACCGGGCACAGUUUCUGGGCAAGCCGACUAUUGUGAAAGAAAGGUUCAAGAAACAGUACAGACACCCGGUGCUAGACGAGAAGCUGACACACCGCAGGACGGUGCAGGAGGUCCGCUCCAUCCUGCGCUGCCGGAGAGCAGGCAUAUCAGCCCCGGUAGUCUACUUUGUGGACUACACCUCCCAUUGUAUUUUCCUGGAGGAAAUCACAGGUUCCGCGACUGUGCGUGACCACAUCACCUCCGCCCAGCAGCCUGAUUCCUGUCCUGAUCCCCAGCUGGAGCGCCUGGCUCAGAGGGUGGGUCAGAUCUUGGCCAAAAUGCACGACGAGGACGUGAUCCACGGAGACCUGACCACCUCCAACAUGCUGCUGAGGCUUAGCCCGGAGGACGGAGAGUCUGACCUCGUCCUCAUCGACUUCGGCCUGAGUUACAUCUCGGCUCUGCCGGAGGAUAAGGGGGUGGACUUGUAUGUGCUGGAGAAGGCUUUCCUCAGCACACACCCCAACACUGAGGCGCUGUUUGAGAAGCUGCUGAAGAGCUACGCAGCGUCCUCCAAGAAGUCGUCAGCAGUCAUUAAAAAGCUGGACGAGGUUCGGUUGAGAGGGAGGAAGAGGUCCAUGGUGGGAUGAGACACUGCUCUGGACUGGAACAAGCCUGUGUGGAAGUAAUGCUUCUGGAAACACGUUAAAAUGAUAAAGCUGUUAUUGAACAGAAAAGACUAUUAAAUGCAA